AACGCCCGUCCAACGUUACUGCUGCACAAGUCACAAUCACCAACAAGCCACCAACUGAUUCGGUCAAGGAGAAUAUAUUGGAUCGUCCCGAGUCUGUCUACUCUGUAGUCAACCCUUGCAGCAAUCAUGGCUGGCCGCCAUGGUUUCGAGCAAACGGGUGAUCGUCACCGUGCUCCAACUUUCUCUUUUCCCCGUAACGCAGAUCCCAGAAACUCUCCACCACUACAAAUCAGAGGAAGUACUAUCACUGCUUUCGCGGAACCUCGCAAUCUUUCCCAGUCGGCAACCCUCAAUCACGACGACUUCGAGGACGAGGAAGACGAUGCCAGCGAGAACUAUACUCACACCAGCAAGACAUACUCCACCAACGACGGAGACAUCGAACAGAGACUGAGGGUCAUCAGCCUCGAGGAUGGGCCCUCUCGAGGCUUGGGAAUUGAUCCUGGAAAGAAUGACAAGGAGAUAGCCAGAUCGUAUGCCGAGGCCGUGAAGUGUUCCCCUCGUACAAGUCAUACGCAACCGACCCAAGAAGCUCCAAGCUCUGAUCAUUCAAAGCACCCUGUACGAGAUUCUGCGACACUGCAACGUCGAGGACCUGCAUACAAGAAGUCGGCACAAUCGCUGCAAGAGAUUGUGGGGAAAGCUGUGAGGCUGAGGAGCAACGUUCGACAAGAUACUGCCACGAAUCGGACAGAAGUAGGCAUUCGAAAUGAGGGGAUAGAGGGCACCAAUCGGUCAGUUGCGAGAGGUGGACCGCUAGAAGAGAAGAAUAAAUAUCACACGAUUCGUCACGGAUACCCUGCGAAUCGAAACCAUACCUACCCGACACCAAUCGCCCAUGAUUAUCAGCACAGUGAUAAGUCUGCCGCACAUCAUGCUGUGCGACGCUCCAAUAGCGUCCCUGGUGAAGAGUCAACAUCUUCUCUUCUGGGCAAUGUCCUGCCAAAUAGCUGGUUGUUGAAUACAAAGGGCAUAGGCCACUGGGCAGACGAACCAUCACGAUGGUAUGACAGGCCAUCUCUUAAGCCUGACAUACCUCGAAUCGUUUCCACAACCUCGCCAGAGUACCGAAAGCUCAUCACGCUUGAAGCUGUCGCGCAAUGCGCAUCCGGCAACUCGAACUCGGCUGGAUCCAAGAAGCCGUCUGCUCAAUCUUCGAAAUCUCGAGUAGGUAGACAACCUGGAUCUGGGAAAGGAGGGAAACGCCCAGCAGGCAAUGGGCGGGAUCGCAAGGAUAAUGCUGGUGAGGAUGAAGGCGAUGGCAAUGAUGGAAACAGGAAAAAGGAUUCUCAGAGCCCCAGAGGCGAUUCGCGCCAACCCAAUGGUCCCAAGAAGUGGUAUGCCUGCCAUUUCCACAAGCAUGAUCCGUUAUACUUUAGCAUCAACGACUUUACUGGGAAGCAAUAUAAGACAUGCGCCGGAAAAUGGACAGACAUAAGUCGUCUGAAGGAACAUCUAUAUCGGGUGCACACAGAUCCUCCCACAUGCGACAGAUGUCAAAAGAAAUUUGCUGACGAAGGCGAAUUGACGGCACAUCUGCCAGAACAAGGUGCUCUUCGAUGUCCGUUGACAGAUAGGACAUCCAAGGGCAUCCAUCGUAAAGUCGGGGAACAGCUUCGGAAGAGGCCACAGCGCAACAUGACAAGCGAGGAUAGAUGGUGGGCGAUAUGGGCUUUGUUGUUUCCCAAGGAAGAACGUCCAAAUUCUCCAUAUUCGGACUUGGAUGGACCUGCCGACCCGGCGGAAUCCGACACCUUUCAUCUCUUCCUCGAGCAACGAAUGGCUCGCCAGCUCGAAGAGACUCUUGACAGAUAUUGCUGUUGAACAAGAAAGAAUAUCACGCCAACAACUUCUUGGAUGCUACGAGGUCGGGCAGACGCUUACUUACAGUCAUAUAUCGGACAACGACGAGAGCCAACAGCUGACCACUGCUUUGACUAUCACGGAUUUCCCUUUAGAAUUCCAAUAUUCCAGCUCAUUGUACUUGCAACCUACAGCAGAAAGUCAAAGCAACGCAUAUUAUCCCACUGCGCACCGGGCUAGCCAAUCUUUCGAC